AUGGCAGAGGUAUCUUUUCCUCGCGAACUCCAGCCCAGCGAAAUACAGAGAAAAGAGGCCUCUGCUAGCAGGGAAGAUGGCGAGCAUCCCGGAGCCUAAAUUUGAGGAAUGGCAGCCACAGUUUGCCCGUAAAGAAUUUCGUGCUGGCCGAUGGCCGAAAAUAAGCUGUUCCCGCGUAGGUAUGCUGUACGUGAAGGCUGGCGCAAUCGCCAUACCGUCGCAUUAUGCUGAAGACUUUGAGAAAUUCUGCAAGAUGAACUCAGGUCCAUGUCCAUUGCUCUACCGCAGUCGUGUGGGAGAAGUGACUGCAGGACCACUCGCCGUCGACUCGGACGUCAGAAAAGACAUGCAACUUUACUCGAUUUUCGUAAAAGGCGAGUUGCAAGGAACAAUAGGCGACGUAUCCCAUAUCCCAUGGGACGAAAUGGUUUCUUUCUACAUGGGCUGCAGCUAUUCGUUCGAACACGCGCUGUUGAAAGCUGGAGUCCCUCUACGGCAUAUCGAGCAAGGAACAGACGUUGCGAGCUACCUCACACGAGUCCGCACAUACCCCGUAGGGCCUUUCAGCGGUAACAUGGUCGUUACCAUGCGCGCCAUGCCAAGAGACUGUGUCUCCAAGGCAGUGAAAGUGACGGCUAUGAUGGACCAAUCAGGGCACGGGGCCCCGGUGCACAUUGGCGACUCGCGAAUCAUUGGUAUUCGCGAUGUCCACAAGGACCUGUAUAAUGAUGUGAAAGCCAACAUUAAGAACGGAGAUGUGUGUGUGUUCUGGGGCUGUAACGCUACGUCUGGAGAAGCGUUCAGGGGUGCCAGAAUUACUAAGACGUGCGUGGCGUACUCUGGAGAAAACAUCAACUCACUGUUCAUCUGUGAUGUCCGCGUAGACGAGUAUAACGACUCGAAUCCACCCGAGUUUGGCGAAACCCUGCGCCCCGAGGUGACGUUCAUAUCUGAAGAACCUCUCUUUGUGUCGCUACUGUCAGACCGAUCACGUGACAAACUCGCGCAACUGCACGCGUGCAUCGGAAACACGCAAUCCGACACAGACUUCUUCACGCGCGCGUCACUUCGUGUCUCACACGCGGAUACCAUUUGGGUGGAGAUUAGCAACAUCCUGAGCACUUCUUUACUUGAUAGCGUGCUUGAGGUGGUGACAUUUGUCAAAGGCGCAACAGCGUUGGGUAAACAAAUACGCAUGGGCAUACCAUGCGGCGAUAACGUCAUGUGGAGGCGGGUUAUACACCAUUGCCAGAUGACGGGUAUUAUUUCUCAGCCAAUCGUAAUAGAUUCUGGAGUUUCUGAUGAAGCCAGGGCUGGUGAGCUUGAGAUGUGCCUGGUUGUAAGCUUUAUUGAUGAAGGUCUCAACGUUGGCGAGCUGAAAUUAGGAUCAUUUCCAGGGAAGACUAGUACAGAUCACGGGACUCUUGUCAAUAGCGGAGGAGUCCUGGCACUUGCCUUGUUUGUGCUUCAUUCCUGCCCAAUCCACUCUCGGUAUUACAGGAAAGGCCGGGGGAUUUUCCAACAACCUUGUCUAGGCAACUUCAUCCUGACACACUCUCAGGUGAAGGAGGUGAGACAAAUAGUUUACAGAGAUUCUCCACAAGACGGAGCCUGCGAUAUGCGGUUUAUGCAGCAACUUCAUCAACUUGUAUCCGUGUUUGAGUAAUCCCCUUUCUAUGCCAUGUUGAAUAUUAAAAUUGUAUUGUGAUUGUAUUUACAGAUUGACUAUAGCCUAGAUAAAACUAUAGGCUAGAGGCAAACUGUAAAUAAACUAGAUGGUUUGCAUAGGAAUUGUGGAAGCGGGAAUUAAAUGAAAUCACGUUGGAUGUUACGAUGAGCGACCCUCUAAGUUCACUGACCUUUCGGGCAUCAUCCCUUCCUCGAAGUCAAUUUUAUUGCCGCUUGCAACCAUGUGUAGAUCUACUUCUCGUUGUGUUCCAUUCAUAAACUUAUUGGAAGCACUAUCAUUUUCGGUUGUCAGUAGGGUAAUAGACGUGCUAUUUGUCGACAAAACUAUAAAGCAUGAGCUAGAUCACUCUGUUAUGUCAUCAGUCCAUAAGUCAGACGUUUUUUUUUUGCCAAAUCCGACGAUAAACGUCGAUUUGGGAUAAUGCAAAGAAAUAAAAAAUCUCUUUUUGUUC